AUGAAUCAACUGGGCACCGUUUACGCUACCAAGCGGCGUCGGAGGAACGGCAAAAGUUUGAAGCCCACACCGAAAGAUGGCGUUACGAAGAGCAACCCGUCGAAGAGGCACCGGGAACGAUUGAACGCCGAACUCGAUCACCUAGCCAGUCUUCUACCAUUCGAGCAAAACAUCCUCUCCAAGCUCGACAGGCUCUCCAUAUUGAGGCUAUCCGUCAGCUACUUACGCACCAAAAGCUAUUUCCAAGUGGUCAUGCACAAAGAUAAAGACGACGUUCUUCACAGACCUCGAGAUCUCACUGCCUUCGAUCAUACUCCAUUAGACGGGGAAAUGUUUCUACAGGCUUUGAACGGUUUCCUCAUCAUUUUAACCUGCGACGGGGAAGUUUUCUUCGCCACGCAUAGUAUAGAAGGUUAUUUGGGAUUCCACCAGUCUGACAUCGUCCAUCAAUCCGUAUACGAAUUGGUGCACUCCGAAGAUAGGGAAGAGUUGCAACGCCAGCUGAUGUGGAAUUCAUUUCUUCCGCCCGAAUCGGCCAACAUGGGCCUCCAGGAAGUCCUUUUGCCAGAUAAUUGCCAUUUGUUGGAAAGGAGUUUCACCGUGCGCUUCCGAUGUCUUUUGGACAACACUUCCGGUUUUUUGCGAUUAGACAUCCGAGGUAGAGUGAAAGUGUUGCACGGGCAAAACCGAAAAUCCGAAGAGCCCCCUUUAGGUUUGUUCGCCAUUUGCACGCCCUUCGGUCCACCCUCGUUGCUCGAGAUACCCCAGAAAGAGGUCAUGUUCAAAAGUAAGCACAAGUUAGAUUUGGCACUGGUAUCAAUGGAUCAAAGGGGGAAAAUGCUGUUGGGGUAUUCGGACAACGAAUUAGGCAGUAUGGGUGGUUAUGAUUUAGUUCAUUACGAUGAUUUAGCUUAUGUAGCGAGUGCUCAUCAAGAAUUGUUGAAAACUGGCGCUUCGGGUAUGAUAGCAUACAGAUUCCAAACCAAAGAUGGCCAAUGGCAAUGGUUGCAAACCAGUUCCAGAUUAGUUUAUAAAAAUUCCAAACCGGAUUUCGUCAUAAGCACACAUCGUCCAUUAAUGGAAGAAGAAGGUCGAGACCUCCUGGGCAAACGCACGAUGGACUUCAAAGUGAGCUACUUAGACGCAGGUCUUCCAAACAACUACUUCUCCGACACCGACCAACUCCUAUCGAACCCAUCGACCAACCACCACCCCGUACCGACGACUCCGUCCCGCGUCAACCGACGCUACAAAACGCAACUCCGCGACUUCCUCUCCACCUGCCGCACCAAGCGCAAGCUCUCCCACAGCACCGGCGCCGGGCAGCCCGCCACGCCGCCGGCCACCUCCACGGUAACAGCGGCCGUCGUCAGCCCGAUGCCCGAUUACAUCGCCACCGACGCCUCGGCGUACAACAUGUAUUCGUACGCGACGCCGGGCGCCGAUCACGGCCUCACCACCUACAUGGGUCACUCGAACUUCCAGCACGGCCUCUACCCGGUGCCCGACAACCGCUAUCUCGCCACCACCGACAACCUCUUCCACCAAUACCGACCUCUCGGUAGCUACUACCCCGAGUACCACCAUUCCCCGACGGCCGGUCCGUACGUGGGCAACGGUUUCCUGGAGAUGUCGUCGCGAACGCCCGCCGGUUACGAUUCGACCGGUUACAGAUCGAUACCGGUCGACGAGAAGAUCUACUCCUGCCAGCAGACGUACGUGGACACCACCAGGAGCUACGUGGUGCCGAAUUCCACCAAGUGCUUGGACGCGUCGUGGCCGUACUCGGUGAGCCCGUCGUCGGGCAUCAUCCAGCCCAUACAGGUGAUGAGCGCCGCGCAAUUGGAGGCGAACCACAAGAGCUGCGCCAAGUUGAAACCCGACAAGUCCGGCAUGAUCACGCCCAAGAUGGAGGAGAUCAAGAGCGACGUCGGGCAAGUGGAGAGCCCAGCGCAGCACUUCUCGCCCGCCGAGAUGCCCAGGCAGACGGUGCUCAUGUGGGGCUCGAAUCACGUGCAACCGUCGCCGGCGUCGAACCACCACCGAUCGCCGGCGGAUGAAGCCGAUUACUCGAUCAACUCGGAGGGGUGCGAAUCGCUGAAGGGGCUCGGCGAGAUGGCCGGCCAGGAGAUGUGCAAGUGGAACGGGGACGGCGACAAGGCGGAGGCGGUCGGGCAGGCCGGCGACGCGGACGGUCCGCACCAUCAUGCGAACCAUCACAAUCACCACAAUUCGCGGGUGGUGAUGGUGCUGUGA